AUGGCAGCGAAGUGUGUUCAUCAGGGCUGCGGCAAGCUCUUUACCGACCCCAGCGAGCCAUGUGUCUACCACCCCGGGCCUCCAGAGUUCCACGAGGGGCAGAAGGGCUGGAAGUGCUGCAAGACUCGCGUCCUUACCUUUGACGAAUUCCUCGCCAUUCCACCCUGCACAACCGGCACGCACUCGGCCACCGACAAGCCCCCCCAGCUCGAGGAAUCGAAGCCCACGGCCGAAGAGAGCGAGGCCCUCGAUCGCAAGAUUGCUGCCGCCAACGCGUCCAAGGAGAAAGAGCCCGGUCGAGCACCAAUCGCUCAGCCUGCGCAAGACACGGCCGCCCCGCCACCGCCGCCAGAAGAGUCCGAGGACGACGACCCAUCGUUGGAGAUCCCAGACGGGAAAGAGUGCAGGAGGAAAGCCUGCCAUGCCAAGUACAAGAAGGGCAGCGCGCGCGAGGGCGAGAAAUGCGUGCACCACCCCGGCAUACCAAUCUUCCACGAGGGCAGCAAGGGCUAUUCGUGCUGCAAGCGACGGGUUCUUGAGUUUGAUCAGUUCCUCAAGAUCGAGGGGUGCACCACCAAGAACAAGCAUCUGUUCGUUGGCAGUGGCAAGAAGGACAAGGGCGACGCUUCAGGGGAGGAGGUAUUGACAACCGUCAGGCACGAUUACUACCAGACCGCCUCGACAGUCAUUGCCUCGAUCUUCCUAAAGAAGGUUGUCAAAGAUACAGCAAAGAUUGACUUCAAAGAACGCUCGAUAGAUCUCGACCUCGUCACAAGCGACAGCCCACCGAAGCGAUUCAAGCAAGAAUUCCCGCUCUUUGGGCCGAUUGAUACCGAGAAAUCCACGGCCAAAGUCAUGGGCACAAAGGUCGAGCUGACAUUGCACAAGGCCGACGGUGCGCCAUGGCCUGUGUUGAGGAGCGAUGAGGCCUUGACAGGCGAGAUCCUGCAAAUCGGCAAGGCGGGUCGUGCUUGA